UUAAUUGCAUGAUUUAUUAAAAAAAACAAAAAAGUUAAAAAGAAAAGGGAAUGACUCGUGCAAUCGGAACGACGUUCUCUCUUUUCCUAUCCAUGAUUCCAUCGGUGAGAGCUCAAAAUCCGAACAAGGAAACCUCAGAAUCCGACUCUGAUCAUCAUCAUCUCACGUCGUUCUCCUUCUUCAAGUCAUCUGAAAUCGAGUUAAUUCCUCCAUCGUCGAUGCAGAAUCAGUUCAGCGAGUGAUUAAUCUCUUGCUCGGAGCUAAUAACGCGGCGGAGGAAUCUCAAUCUUCCACGAGUGGUUCUUCCUUCGCCGUCAUCGACGCAUUUGUGGUUCCGAAGUAUCGAUACGACGCUGUUAAGAAGCAGUUCAUCGAGCAUACGAGUAGUCUCUCUGUUCAUGGUGAUGCUUAUGCAAAAACAGCAUUAUACAGGGAACGAUUCAUGUUGCUCACAGAGAAGAAUACUAUAAUUUUGGCUGAAGGUGAAAUGAAGAACGGUAUCUUUCAGGAUAGGAACAGUGAAUUUAUAGAUCCACAUGUUGAAGAUAGGGAGCUUGAAGGCCAGCUUUUGCGCAAGCAGAGCGGUUACUUAGUCAGCCUU